UCACUUUCCUAUUUCUUUUCUACUCGCAAAGAUCUUCCUCUAGACAUCAAUAAGCAGAGAGAUAGAAAGAGAGAGAAUGGCGUUGUCGAUCUUGUGUCUGAAAAUGCCGUUGUGCAGCAAAAUGUCAAGCUGUCUACUGAUGUUGCUGAUUCUUAAUUCGACCCUUUUCAGUCUAAUGGCUAAUGGUAGACCAGAGCCAAACUCGCGUGAAUUCACUAAGAGAGGAGAUCAAGAUCAGAAGAUGAUGAUGAGAGGUUUAAUAGGAUCAAGUCCACCAAGAUGUGAAAGAGUGAGAUGUCGUUCGUGUGGUCACUGUGAAGCAAUUCAAGUUCCUACUAAUCACCAAACGAAGCUUCACUCUCCUUCUUCUUUUUCGUCCUCUGUGAUUAUUAAUCUCGAUUACAUCAGAGGAGAAGACACUACUAAUUAUAAACCCAUGAGCUGGAAAUGCAAAUGUGGUAACUCCAUCUAUAACCCUUGAAGAAAUUCCUUUAUUUUUAUCUACAAAUUUUAUUUUUCUUUCUUUGUUGGGCUAAACUCAAAAAUCUCUGUGUACAUAUAUAUGUUUUAGUUUCUGAUAAUUCUGCGUUAUUUAGAUUCUAAUGAUGUUUUUUAUAGUGGUUAACAAAAACACAGAGAUGAAUAAAAUUCUGCGUUAUCCAAAAAUGAUUUGCUUUUAUUUUAUAUAACUAGUAUGACUUUUGAUUUUACAAAAAGUGAAAGUAACCUUUAAAAAUCGACAAGUGAUAAAUAUUUCAUUAGUCUAGUGGUAUUUUUACCAAAAAAAAAUUGACAAGUGAUAUACUAUUAUUUGUAUUAGAAGAACACGCAUUGUGAACAGAACGCACGGAAACCUAUUUUCAUGACGUUCUGACAAAUACCAAUUUUAUGGAUGAAAGCUACAUUACACGCGUACAUAUGCAUUAUAUAAAAUACAUUAUACAUGUAUAUAUGCAUAUGAGAUUAUUUGGAAAUAAUGUUGGCGUAUUUAAUAAAAAAGCAAAAAAAUAUUGUUUUUUUUUGUCGACGAUUGUUUUUUUUGUUGGUUAUAAACUUAUAAUAAACAGACAUAAAUACGUUUGGUACAUACAUGAUACAUUGGUAUAUGAUUGUGAAAAAAGAAUAAUAAUCA